AUGUCUACACCCACUCUGCAGUUCUCGAACCUCUGUCUACCCGAGGAUAACCCUGAUCAAAGGGUCGAGGAGGAGAUGCGAUUUGACAGGACGACAUUGGAGGAGAGAAAGAUUAUUGUGAGAGACAUCAUUGCAUCGUUCGAGCCUCGAGACCUCCCUUCUGAAUUGUUUUCGGACGAAACGUUACAGAGGAUUACCGCCGAACAGGGUAAUAGACGCAGCAGCGAAUGGACGAUCCACGACGACUUGAAAGCGAGUCUGAUGCAAUGGUGCUGUCACGACCCGGGUGGAUGGACAUUGCUCUGCCGCAUGCAUGGACCUGCUAUUCGAGCUCUGAGUUUCGAGCAGAAGGUGGAAAGGCGCCUCGAAGAACAGUUCGAGACUUAUGAUGCGUUAUAUUCCGCCCCUCCGGGGUCGGUCAAUUUGAUCCGCGGGCGGGUGCUUGAAAUAUGCGAUGGGAUCCGGAUGAUUGUCGAUGAGGUCGAGGCCGACAUCAAUAUCAGAACCGGGAGUCAGUACAACGCCGCGAAAAUCCUGCUCGAUACAUUCAGAAGGGUCUGCGGAAGAUCUACCGACGUCCCCUUUGUCAGACGCAGCGGACGCCGGGAGGGUACAAGUGCCAGUGCAGGCGCAGACACAGUCCCGACCUUAUACCAAGGACUGAUUGGGGGCACCACCCCUUUCAUUCUCGAUGCGCUCGAGACGGUCCAAGAGAAAUGGCCUAGGAGCCUUGGGACGGAGGAGGCGCGAACAUUGAUGCGCGGGAUCAAUGAGCUCCUGGUUGAGAACGGUGCUCCACGCGGCUACCUCAAUCGAUUCCGGGCUUUGAUGCCGGAAUAA